AUGGAUAAUAAUAUAUUUUCGACAGAUAAAGAAGAAGUUGGAAUUGCAUUUUCUGGUGGUGGAAUUAGGAGUGCAUCAUUUUGUAGUGGUGUUUUAAAAUGUCUAUGUCUAUUAAAUAUUUAUAAAGAGAAAAGAUUUGUAUUUUCUUGUGUAUCUGGUGGAGGCUAUAUUGGUAGUGGUUUUUGUUAUAUAAUGUCACAAGAAAGUGAUCCCCUAGGUAGAUGGCGUGCUUACUCCAAGUUGGAUGAUCAGCUACGUUCCUCUAAAAACAAUAUUGGUUACCUCAUCAAUUUUGAAGGUGGUUGGUGGUUGUUGGACAUUUUCGUCAAGCUUUUACCAUUGCUAUUAUUUGCCUUGGUCACGUCAAUCUUGAAGCUGUUUCCAUUUGUCAUCAUUGCAACAGAGUGUCUAACUUUUUUUAUUGAAAGUAUUCCAAUUUUUUGGGCAUUUAUAUCGAUUAUCAUCUCUGGAGCAGCAGCCACCAUCCUCUGGGUAGCUUCAAAGAUCCUUCUCUUAUUAAAGCCCCACUCUAAAAGAAAUGCCUCCGUUUUAUGGAUCAAAAAUGCAUUAAAGAUACUGUUUAUAAUAUUGUUUAUUCAAUGUUUUCUCACACUAUCUGUCAUGUCGGCCGAUGCAUUUAAAAAACUAUCAAUUGUUGUGGACGAAUCGUUUGCAUUGGGAUUUAGUAUCGUUUCAAAACUCGUCCAAUUUAUCGGUCUCAUUGUACUUUAUCCAUUUCUCACGUUGGUAUAUGAUCGAGCCCUAUCAAAGUACUAUCGAGUGUCCAUCACCAAAUCAUUCUAUGGCGCCAAUGUAUCACCACUUGUCAGUUCUCUAAAAAACAGGAAUAGAUAUAUCUCUAAUUUAUCCUCCAAUGCCUGGGUCCAAUCAUCCAAAUUGUCGUCACAUUUUAUUAUUUCUGUUGGUGAUUUUGGACCUAGAUCUGAUUCCCUUGGUCAAAAUGGUGCUAACCCUCCAAAUUCCAAUGUCGGGUACUCUACCAUCAACAUGAAUGAACCUACCAUUGCCAAUAUACAUCCAAUGCCAUAUCAAAUAUCGAUGCCCUAUUUGAUGGCCAAUUCUGGAGCUGCCAUUGCACCAAACAAAAAUCAGUUUGGCAGCGCUGAAAGUCAGCUAAAGAUUACCAAUCUAAGUUUGGGAUCUUGGAUGGGUCCACAGCAAGAAAGGACUCUCAAAAAUGCAUUGACAUACAUAGGCGUCAACUUUGUUGCAAGCGUCCUAGUCAGUAUUGGAUUGAUUGUCGAUUCUGCUACAGAUUAUGGAUGGACUAUUUUCCUCUCACCAGUUGUCAUGAUUGCAUUGUCACUGGCCUUUGAUCGAUAUUUUGGUAAUCUCCCAAUCGUACCGCGUUUAAUUCAAGAUAUUAGACAUUUGUUUAGUAUCCCCAUCUAUUCAAAGGAAUUGGUUGGUACAUACCUAUCGGAUGGUGGUCAUUUGGAAAACACUGGAAUCCUUGCUAUCCUCUUUCAUUGUCCACAUAUUGAUACGAUUGUGGCUGCUGCUGGUUAUGAAGAUAGUGGUCGUAGAUUAAAGGAUCUUAAAAAAGUAUUGAGGAUUGGAAGAAUGAAUGGUUGGACUUUUACUAGUCCAGAAUUUCCGGAUCUAAAAGAUGCACUGUUACGAUUUUCUCAACCAGAGAUUAAUAUAAAUAAUAAUAAUAAUAGUGAAAUGCGUCGUCGUUUGAUCAUCAAUGCAACACAUCAACAAAAUCAAAGAAAAGUUAAAAUUAUUCAUCUCCAACCAAUAGCACCAAAAGAAAAACAAAAAGAUGGAAUGUAUCGUGGUUGUUGUUGUGAAUGUUGUGGAGAUUGUGAUUUUAGACCAUUCACUUGGGUAUGUGAAACACUAUUUGGUAAAUUCCCCAACUUGUCUACUGGUAUUCAAUUUUUCAACAAAAAAAUGUACAAUGCUUAUAAACAAGAGGGUAUCAAUGCAUUCAAUGAAAUUAAUCAAAAUAAUAUUAAAAUAGAUAUUAAUAAUAAUAAUAAUAAUAAUAAUGAUAAACAAGAGGGUAUUGAUGCAGUUGGUUCUAUUCUCCAACCGAGCACUGUCCCAUCCCAACCACCUGCUACCACUUCGGUUCAAAUAUAUGACAAUACCAUUACAUCUCCCAUCCACACCCCAAAUGCAAAUCCUCAAACUCGUCCUCCAAUUCCUCCAAGAAAACUUAAUUGA